AUGGCUGCUGCUAAGUCCACUUAUUAUGAAGCACAUGAAGCUAAAAUGCUUGAAAUCAAGACUGCAAGCUUGGAAGCAUAUGAAUGGUUAGAAGCUAUUCCCAAGUCCAAAUGGUGUAAGCAUGCCUUUCCUUUUUAUUCUAAAUGUGAUGUCCUUAUGAACAAUUUAAGUGAGUCUUUCAAUGCAACCAUUUUGUUACAAAGGGACAAACCAAUAUUGACUAUGUUUGAGUGGAUAAGGAAUUACUUGAUGGGUAGGUUUGCAACCCUUAGGGAAAAGGUAGAUAGGUAUAAGGGACUGGUAAUGGCCAAACCUCUUAGGAGAUUGGAUAGGGAAAUAGAGAAAUCUGCUAGUUGGACUCCAACAUAUGCAGGGAGGUUAACUUUCCAAGUCUCACAUACCCUUCUAUCUGAUAGCUUUGUAGUGGACCUGGCCCAAAAAACUUGUACUUGUAAUAUGUGGGAGUUGGUGGGAAUACCUUGCAGGCAUAGUGUGGCAGCAAUAUAUAGAAAAGGGGAUGACCCUAGAAACUAUGUUAGUGAAUACUAUCACAAGAGCACUUAUGAGAGAUGUUAUAGUGAGGUCAUCACACCUUUGAAUGGUCAGAACAAGUGGCCUAAGACCUCUGAUCCAGUUAUAUUACCACCCAUGUACAAGCGUGGCCCAGGCAGGCCUAAGAAACUUCGUAGGAGGGAACCUGAUGAGGCAAACCAACAUAAAUGGCAAAGGACAAACACUAGUCAUAGGUGCAAAAAUUGUCAAGAACUUGGUCAUAAUGCUAGAACUUGCAAGAAAAACAAACAAAUUGUGCUUGUUCCAUCUGAGAAUGUAAGGCAGGACAUACCUACACAAGCAAGUCAAACUGUUGAAGGUAAUGUUCCAAACCAAGCAACUGAGCCUGCUACAACUAAUGGACCAAAAAAAAGGAUGAAUAUUUCUGAUGGUUGUGUUGGUAUUAGGGGAGGCCAAAGGGAUCCAUGA